UUUACCAGAUAGUUUUUGAGUCUAAUUUAAAGGGAAUAUUUAUUUUUGCACCAAUUUUGACGAAAUUCUAUGCAGUCCAGACAGUCUUUCUAUUUGCAGUGCUUUGGAUUAAAAGAUUUAUGUUUGUUGAAUAAAGAUCUUAUAUAGGCCAAUAUUUAAUAAGAAUAUUGUCUCUAGUGUAUCCACAAGAGAUACUAAUAUUUAAGUCAAGGACAACAUGGCAAGACACUUCAAAGUUUUAGUUUUACUUGCAAAAAUACUGGCAAGUGUAUUGUUGUUAGUCGUCUCUGAGAAUCAACCUUGCCCUGAUCGCAGGUUUGUUGGACCACGAUGUAACAUCCUUUGCAAUUGCAAUGACACCGCCGAGUGCUCCAACGCUGAAAACUGUACAUGUAAGAAUCGUUACUUCGGAUACUAUUGUCAAUAUGUUGAUGUUGAAGAUGAUGACAGCGAUAACGAUAAAGGAAACGUGGCACGAGACAGUGACUUCAACACCUGUUUUACUUCGGGUAGUCAGGAGACCAAUCUAACCAUUCAUUUCACCUAUAGUAGUAUAACAUUCAUACACAUUCGAUACCAUCCCUCAGUAACACCAGUGAGUAAAAGUCUUGAGCUCGAGCUGUGGCUAAAAGCGAAAGAGACCGAAUACAGACGUUGUAACGAGGUCAAGUUUUAUCGCGCCAACAGCGUUGAACUGUACUGCUUCGAGUCGGUAAAUGCUGAUACCAUAACGAUCUCUGGUUCCGGCGUAGAAAAAGCAUGUGAAGUUUACAUAAGCCAAGGACGGAAUCUGGCAAUCAAAGCUGUUGUCACAGUCAACAUAACAAAUAGCUUACCGGAGAACGGUAUUGACGGAGACACCGCUACAGAAUAUCGUUCUGAGUCUCAUGAGUACGAGACCUUCAACAUAACAUUUCAAAAUCCUGUAGUUCUAACAAAAAUAGUCAUCCAGUUGACAGACGCUGACGGAUUUACUCUUCGCCACGCCAACGAGACGUCAGAGACGUUUCCUCGCAAAGCCGAUGUCACCGAUCGUCUGAUCCAUGUUUUUUACGAACCAUUUCCUGUCAAAGGUGUCGACGUUUUUGGAGUGAAAGGGUUACGCAUAGGCGAGCUGGAAACUUUUGGAGAUUGCAUUUGGGGAUUCUAUUCAUUUGACUGCUCAGAGCCGUGUGCCAAAGAUUGUUUAGAUACAAGAUGUAGUAUUGACGGUGAGUGCUUGAAUUGUCAACCUGGAUUUUAUGGGCUCACCUGUGAUGGAGAAUGCGGUAACUGUGCCGGUACAGGUAAAUGUAACCUUUUCACUGGUUAUUGUGACGAAGGCUGCAAACCAGGGUUUAUGGACAACGACUGUAGACAGAAAUGCGGUAACUGUGCCGGUGCUGGCCAAUGUAACAUCACGACUGGUUAUUGUGACGAAGGAUGCACCCCCUGGUUUAUGAGCUACGACUGUAGACAGAAAUGCGGUAACUGUGCCGGUGCAGGGAAAUGUGACAUUUCGACUGGUUUUUGUGAUGAAGGAUGCAAACCCGGGUAUAUGGGUUACGACUGUAGACAGAGAUGCGGUAACUGUGCCGGUGCAGGAAAAUGUAACAUUUCGACUGGUUAUUGUGACGAAGAUUGCAACCCUGGGUACAUGGGUUACGACUGUAGACGAAGGUGCGGCUACUGUUCCGGUGCGGGAGAUUGUAAUAUUUUGACUGGUCAGUGUGACCAAGGAUGCAGACCCGGGUACAUGGCUUUCGACUGCAGACAGAAGUGUGUGGGCAGCUGUGGCGGAUCAGGCAGAUGUCACCAAUAUACGUCCAAUUGUCAGUCUGGGUGCAGACAGUAUUACCACGGGCUGAACUGCACCGAAGAAUGUAGCGGCAACUGCGGAGGAAGUGGUCGCUGUAAUGACCGGACUGGGAAAUGUAACGAAGGCUGCCUGGGAUUCUUUAUUGGUGACACUUGCAACGAACGUCUGUAUAUAUGCAGUGACGUCUGUGCGGGAAAUGGUACAUGCGACGCUAAUACAAAGACGUGCUUGGACGGGUGUAAACCUGGGCUAUUUGGACUGAACUGUACUCGACCGGUGAAAUGCAGUCCAUUCUGUGGAGGGACAGGCUCAUGUUUCGAGGUUACACAAGAGUGUCGGUCUGGAUGCCAGCUUGGAUACUUCAGACGCAGCUGCACAACAACUGGCCUCUUAUCAGCUGAAGACUCAUGGACGUGCCACUGCCCUGACGAAAUCUGUUCGAAGACAAUGCCCACAUGUCAGUCUAACAAAUGUCCCAGAGGCUGGUUUGGUCCUUACUGUUACCACCGAGAUCUUGCCGUCUACACACAGAUGUCUGCUCCAGAAUUAGUUGAUAACGACGACCUUACUUGUUCCAGCAAAGCUGUAAACAAUAUCAGUACGAUAUGGUCUGACAAAAUAACGGUUUCAUGGUUUCGGCUUGUCUUCCAAGCGCCUGUUGAAAAACAUUUGGAAGAGAGUUUUAACAUAACUUACCAGAGUAACGGCACUCAAUACAACUGUGUUGGUCUGACAGCGAUGAGAGUGCCACAAUCCAGUAACAAAGCGUUAGACGUCCCAUGCCAUGUUUUUUAUGACAUCAAUGAAGUUCUUAUAGAAUGGAUAGUUCCAAGGACUCUUUGUUCCAUAUAUAUAUUUGAAGGCAGAAAUGUAGCCGAGGUGUCAGAACCCUAUCUAACCAACAAGUAUGACAAGAGUUUCAGAACGUUGCCCUUUCUGAUCGACGGCGACGUGAGCACACAGAAAUGCACGUACAUGAACGUUGGUCAUAACGACACACUUAACUGGGUAACAAAAGGAAAUUUUGAAAUCUUUCGCCUCAAUUUAUACACAGUGCCAAGAUAUAUCAAUACUACAGUCCAUGUACAGUUUGAGACCAAAAGGCGUAACGUCUAUUUCGCCAAUAACUUUAAUUGGAACAAUACAUUGUUCAAGUUUUCAAUUACAUUUUCGGAUGUUAAAUACAUUUCCAUAUUCAAAUUAGAAGUUACCGAAGGGAUGCUACAACUCUGCGAGAUAGAGCUUAUUGGAGACUGCGUUUCCGGUUUCUUUGGGUACCUUUGCGAAGGAAUCUGUAGCCUGACCUGUGCCAACCAAAUGUGUGACAAUUAUGGUCGAUGUAUUCAGUGUGUGCAAGGCAGAAAAGGUCCUUACUGUCAGGACGUCGAAAUCAUAGAGGUCAUCGUCAAUACAACGCUGACCACUCCCCUGGCGGGUCAGGCAGAAGGAGACAAGUUUCACCAUUCGGAAGAAAUAUUCCUGUUAAUAGUGUUUAUAACAAUUCCCAUUGUAGCCUGUUUUCUUUGCUAUGGCCUACUAACUGUCUACACUGAGCGUACUUCUAGUUUGUACAAUGUUGAAUUUUAAGACGCUGUUCUCUCUAUAUAUAUUUAUAAGUCCGAUGCAAUGCCUUCAAAUAAAAUUGUUAUUAACUUUUUCUCUGUAAUUAUUUUCCUCGUUCCUAUGGAAUUAUUCAUUUGUGCUAAUUAGUGUUUCGCUACCCUGUAAUGACAAAACUUCUAUGACUUUUUUUGUGUGUAUUUAAUCAGGAAAUGUUAUAUGUUUCGUAUAUAAAAUUAUAGGACAAUGUAUGCACUUUUUUUUAUAUCACUCAGAUUAAAGU